UUUAAUAGUGGUUAACAUUAUUUGUCAAAUAAAGAAAAUCUGUUAUUUCCGUUUCACUUGUUUUGUGUUUGUUUUUUGCUCCGGGAUGCGCGGAGACUAAAAUCAAACACACCAUGGACUGUAACACGUCACUUAGCGAAGCUGUGAACGUUAGCCAGCGGUGAGCAUCUGGCUGUUGCUCUGUAACAAGCAUGUUUACUGAAACAACGGGCUUUAUUGGUCACAGACACAAGUGACUUACAGACAAUGGAGCAGUGGGGUGAGCUAAAUCUUCUUCCUUCAGCCGACUGAUCAGUCAUAAACCAGUAAGACGAUCUGAACCAUGGGAAGGAUCAGCUUUUCCUGCCUUUUCCCAGCCUCAUGGCAUUUCAGCCUGUCAUCCCAGGUUCUUCCUCGCCUUCUGGUACCUUCUCUCCGACAGCUGCUCUUCAUCAGCCUGGUGAUCUUCCUCAUAGGACUGGUCUACCUGCUGCUUGCUGCUGCAAGGGGACACGCCAGCUUUUUAACAAAGGAAAACAACUUCCACCGGCGCCUGGCGAGAGUUACGGAUCUAGAUGCCACAGACACAAGCAACCCUAACCUGAACUUUGGCCUGGUGGUGGACUGUGGCAGCAGUGGCUCCAGGGUGUUUGUGUACUGCUGGCCUCAGCACAACGGUAACCCCCGUGAACUGCUGGACAUCCGGCAAAUGAAAGAUGUGCACCGGAAGCCAGUGGUCAUGAAGAUCAAGCCUGGGAUCUCUGAAUUGGCCAAAACACCCGAAAGAGCCAGUGAUUACAUCAAGCCACUUCUAAGCUUUGCAGCUCAACACAUUCCCAAAUAUAAGCACCAGGAAACACCCCUGUACAUCCUUUGCACAGCUGGAAUGAGAAUCCUACCUGAGAAUCAACAAGAAGCCCUUCUCGAGGAUCUACGCACAGAUAUCCCAGUCGACUUUAACUUCCUGUUCUCUGAUUCCCAUGUGGAGGUGAUUUCUGGAAAACAAGAAGGUGUCUAUGCAUGGAUUGGGAUAAAUUUUGUCCUUGGAAGAUUUAACCACGUGCACGAUGAUGAGGAUGCUGUGGUGGAAGUCCAUGUCCCAGGAAAUGAUCAGCAGGUGGCGCUGAUGAGGAAAAGGACAGCUGGCGUCCUGGACAUGGGUGGUGUCUCCACACAGAUUGCUUAUGAAGUGCCCAAAACUGUAAGCUUUGCUUCUCCACAGCAGGAGGAAGUCGCUAAGAACUUACUGGCCGAGUUCAACCUCGGCUGUGACGCACACAGCACAGAUCACGUUUACCGUGUUUACGUUUCCACCUUCCUGGGGUUUGGAGGAAACGCGGCGCGCCAAAGGUACGAGGAGAGCUUCGUCAGAAACACCGUGACUCGCAACCGGCUCUUAGGCCAGCAUGUCGGCGAGACGGCGGAGUCUCCGCUCCUAGACCCGUGUCUUCCCACAGACCUGCAGGAUGAGAUCGGAUCGCCCGCACAGAAGCUCUACCUGCGAGGGACGGGGGACUUUGACCGGUGUAGGCAGCUUCUCCAGCCGUUCCUGAACCGCACCAACGACACGCAGUCCUCACUCAGCGGCGUCUACCAGCCAGCGAUAGACUACAGAAACAGCCAGUUUUAUGGCUUUUCUGAGUUCUACUACUGCACAGAGGACGUGUUGCGUAUGGGUGGGGAUUAUAACGCAUCCAAAUACAUCCAGGUUGCCAAGGGUUACUGCGCCACCCAGUGGAAGACCCUGAAGAAACGCUUCGACUCCGGCCUGUACGCCUCACACGCAGAUCUUCACAGGCUGAAGUAUCAGUGUUUUAAAUCAGCAUGGAUGUAUGAAGUAUUGCACUCCGGCUUCUCCUUCCCCACGAACUACGAAAACCUGAAGACCGCCUUGUUGGUCUAUGAAAAGGAGGUCCAGUGGACACUUGGAGCGAUACUCUACCGAACUCGCUUCCUACCUUUGAGGGACAUCCCACAGGAGAGUCUGAAAGGAGCACACUCUCACUGGAGACACAGCUUCUCUUUUCUCAGCAACUGCUACUUGUUCCUGGCUUGUUUCUUCAUCGUGUUGCUCUCCAUCAUGCUGUACCUGCUGCGCCUGCGCCGCAUUCAUCGGCGUGCCGUGCAGCGUUACACCCCCUCCUCUGUCCCAUGGUUGGAAAUGAGCCUCGGCUCUCCGACGCUCCCAGUCAACCUCUAAUUCGGGGACGGUCUGGCGUUGCGACACCAAAAUCUCCCUCAGUUCUGAGGCGGUGUUCUUGCUCAUUGUGGCUUUGAUGGCUCCAUCCUCCGAUCUGUUGAGACUGACUGAGGACAUUUAGAAAAACCUGUCAUUAUCAUCAUAAAGUUGCUUUAUUUUGAGUUUUUUUUUCUCCCCUUUUCUCUUGUUUUGGUACACUUUUAUUUAAAGGCAGCAGCCUUCAAAUGUCUUCAUUUUAUUUUUCAAGCAGACACGGUUGUACUUUUACUUUAAAGAAAACGUGAGCGUCCUUUUGCUCUUUACCAUUCAGUACACAUGUAUUGUCUUCAUUUCGUUUGCUUUUGCUUUGGAUCAAUGGGUAUUUUCCCUUUGUUUUAUAAAUGUUUGAUCACGUUUUUGUUGUUAGAAUAAAAAGUCUGUAUAUGUACAGAAACGUCUAAUGCAACAGGACUUAUACAUGGAGGUCGAAGCACUUCGCAAAUCAGUUGAACUGCAUGCCCCAGCUGAAGGAUGUUUGUGUGUGUGUGUGUGUGUGUGUGUGCCCAAAUGUUUCUGCAUAUUUAUAUUUCAAGAUCAGAAGCCUUUAAUAGCAGUAAUAGUGCAAUACAUGUCUUGUCACUGUUGGGUUGUUACCCCCAAACCAUUUGCCUUUUCAACAAGGGAAUCGGUCUCAGAAGGCCCUGCUGAUUUUCUGACUUUUAAGUUGGAAGUUGGCACACCUUUUGAUUUUUGGGCUUCAUUUUCAGAAGCUGCCAUGUCACUACUGUGAGGUGAAUCUGUGUUAUUUAAAUUUUCACUAAGAAAUGUGAAAUAUCUAUUGUGCAUCUGGAAUACAGUAAUAAAAGUUUUAUGAGA